AACACUAUCAAGAUGAAGGGACCAGUCAGCCACUUUUCAUGUGACAACAGAGGUGGACAGAGUUAAAGACAGGAAAGCAACACAUAAAGAGUGAGAGAAAGCAGAGGUGAGAGGGUAGGACUGAGAGCAACAAGACGUUAUGAGCCCCCUUCUGUUUAAAAGUGCAUCAAUCGCAUGACGCAGUCUCACAGGAGAGUCGUGCUCUAGGCUGUAUAUUAGCGCUGGGUGAGGGCAAGAUAUCUUUGAAUUAGGUCGCUGGCACCUCGGCGGUAGUGGACUUUCUGCACACAACUGUUGAAGGUGAUUGCUGUGACCUUUCAAUAACUGGAAGCAAACUUGCACAUGAAAAAAAGGCAGCAGUCCCACAGACUACAAUCAUCACAGAAAUCAGAAUUACUACACCGCUUUCAGUGAAGACAAAUCAACCCACAGUAAGAGGUCUCUAUUGGUUGUUACUUAUUUUUUUUAUCUACAAUGGAGUCCCAGUCUGUACCUUUUCAUGGAGCCCAAGACAGCCAUGUUUUACAAGUGGAAAAUGAAGUGACACGUAAGGGACCCCGUCGUAAAAGGGAGUUCAUACCUGAAGAGAAGAAGGACGCCCUCUACUGGGAGAAACGUCGUAAGAACAACGAGGCGGCCAAGCGGUCACGGGAGAAGAGACGGAUGAAUGACUAUGUGCUGGAGGCUCAUCUCAUGGCCCUGAAAGAGGAAAAUGCCAGACUUAGUGCUGAAUUAAUGGCCAUCAAGCUCCACUUUGGCCUGGUUCACCCUGCAACAUACACUGCACAGCAGAGUAACCAACUGCAACACCAUAUCCACGGCAGCACCCAGCCCAUCACUGCCACCAGCACCCACUACCAGUCCCUGCAGAGGGACUACUACUGGGGUGCUAGAGACUCUUCUGUUAUACCAAGCCAACAGCCCUCUCACCCUCUUUUCAUUCCUGCAUAUGCCCUCCAUACCAUGAGAGGCUACUCAUACUUAAACACAUCUGGCGGUACCAGCUCUGGCCUUGUCGCCCCCUUUGUUCUCCCUCGAAAUCUCUUGCCCACCCAUUCAUCCCGUCCUGGAGCCUCUCUGCUGAGGCCCACACCUACAAGAGGCGCCUCAGAUGAGGAGGAAGAGCAGCAGGUCCCAGGGGUGCUCUCCCCAUCGUGCCCUGCUCCACCUCGCAAAAUCACCAGCAAAGGAGGAAAAAACUACUCUCCACCAAGACAAUGUAUGUCCGAUUGACUGUCCAACAUUACAGUGGUGCAAUUACUGUAUGGCUUUUAAUUGAUUGAAUGAGAAAAAAAUAGUUCAAGUUCUCUCUACGUUCUUUUAAAUAUUACUGCUGAAAGAAUCAUUUUAAGGGAUCUGUUUUUGUGAAUCGAUGGCAAAUGGUGAAUACUGCAUUAAAGAAGUACUAUUUAAAUGCACAA